AUGCCUAUAAAAGAAAAUGAAGUAUACUCUGAAAUAAUAAUAAGCACAAAAGCGAGCCACAAAAUACAAAAAUACGUGGUUGAAUGCAUAGAAAAAAUGAAAUUGGGAAAAGUAAAAAUAAUAGGAAAGCAAUAUGCAAUAACUAAAGCGUUUAGUGUGUUAGAAGUUUUAAAAGAACAAGUUUCGCAAUUAGAAUAUUAUAUAAAAUAUAAUAAUUUAACUGUGACGGGACCAGAUAGAAGAAAACUAUUGGAAAUUAACAUAUAUGUUUCCUUAAAAAAUUAA